AUGGGAAAAGUAAAGAAACAGAAGAGACAUCAGAAGUUCCAAUAUGACAAGGAUAGAAAAAAAAAUUGGAAAAAAGCAAAGGGAAUGCCAACAAUACAAUGCGAUGAAAUCAAGAAAGCAUGGGAUGAAACAAAAAGUGUCAAGCGAAAUCUUCGAGAAAUGGGUAUUGCUGCUGAUUCUAACAAGACACUAAAAGUUCCCAGAUCAAAGCUUGCAAAAAUGGGCCAGCUUAAUGUUGAAAUGGAGGUGGAUAUUGACAAAAUUGAAAAAACUCCAGUCAAGAAUUUUGUAAUCAAAGAUUUAGAAGAAAAGGCGAGUCUGCCUGGUCGUAAAAAGAUGAGCAUGUCCGACGAAGAUGCCGGAUUCUGUGUUUACAUGAUGGAUAAAUAUGGAGAAGACUUUAAGGCAAUGGCACGAGAUGAUCGCAACUACUAUCAGGAAACUCCUAAACAAAUUCAGCGCAAGAUAAACCGCUUCAAGAGUAUUCCAGAAAUGUACAGCGUUUACGCCGAUGCAAGGCAAGCACCACAAAGUCAAGCCAGGCCACCUCUUGUGACACUCUCCCCCACCAGAUACUUGACCAGGCGAACAGAAGCUUGCCUCAGAAAUGGUCAUUUUGUAACCCCACCAUCUUCAUAUGCAAUGGAGGUUUUUGUUCCUGAUGCUGCAAUUUGUCGCGUGAGGAGGCGUUUACAAUUUGGCCGCAAACCACCACGUGAUAGAGAAGUUAAAAACACCUAA